ACAAAAAGAAUAAAAGGAGGCAUGAAAGCAGGCGUUUUAUUUGUGUUUUAUUUAACCCUGUGAAUAACCACCCACGUAUCUGUAUUGUUUGAUUCCUGCCCUUCAUCUGCCAGACGAAGCAGUUCCCACUUCUAUUUUCAGGUCCCAGGAGCAGCAAACACAAGGGGGAUUUGAAUGGAUGUAGCAGCAGCACCAGAUGGAGCUGGGUGUUAGGACACCUGGAGGGGAAAAUAAGAGAUACCAAAGAAUAAAACCUAUAUGAUUAAUCCCGUCCUGAGGAGAGUCUUUCCAUCCUUUCUUUCAGGAAAGCCCAAAGUGUACCAAGGUGUCAGAGUAAAGAUCACUGUUAAGGAGUUACUGCAGCAGAGAAGGGCUCGACAAGCAGCAACCGGAGCAGCGGUGAGUGACCCACUUGGUGCCUGCUGUGUAUCUCCUCCCUUCAUCGUUUGUUUAAUGCUCUUGCCAAGGUUGCUGCUUCUUGCUUUACCUUCUCCCCCAGCACCUUUUGAUGCAGAACCCAUCUCUUCAGCUCCCAACUAUUGCCCGUCAAGGCAGUUCACAAACUGCUUCUCCUGCGAGGAGAGCCCCGGCCACCUGGAGCAGCUGGUGGACUCCUACCUGCAGGCGGAGGCAGCUUUUGAUCCAUCCCUGGGCACUCUGCAGACACCAUCGCAUUACAUCCCUGAUUCCUUCCAGCCAGUCCCACUCUGCUUCAACCAGGGCUUGGCUACAGCAUCCCCGAGCCCAGCUGAUCUUCCCAACACGCUGCCCCACGGCUGCCCCGCUCCCCAGCUGCCCCCAUUCACCCCCCUGACCCACAGCCCACCCCCUGCCCUGGACCCUGCUCCCUACGGCUGCCCAGCAGAGGGCUGGCCCUGCCACCCCCCAUCCCCUUACACUCCCCUCGCCUGCUGCUGUGCCGCCUGCAGCCCCCCACACACCGACCCCAAAGUCCCACAGCGCUUCCCCUGCCCUGGCACGGACUGCUCGGGCUGCCUGCCGCCCACUGACGACUUCUUCAGGAGGGACAGGAGCUGGGACAUCUGCUACAGCUAAUGGGGAGGGGGCUGCACGCUGCCUUCAUGUCGGCAUCGUUGCCUGGGAACUGCACACGGUUGCACUGCCUCCAAUGUACUCAUCACUACUCACACCCGGUGUUGUCACUACAUUCAUCCUCCUGUUUUCUGUGGUCGGGGGUGGCUUUUAUUAUUUGGUCUUUAUUUUAUUUCCUGGUUUUGUUUGUAAGGACUCCCCCUCGGCUGACUUACCAAACCCACAUCACCAACACCAGCUCUUUGUGUCACAAAUAAAUCAUUUGGUACUCACA